AUGGUUCAAAUAACGAUGGAUUUAAUAAAUAAAAUAUUAUUAUUAUUAUUUUUAAUAUCGAUUAUCGAUAUAACGGAGUGUUCGAGAUCGAAAUACGUACCGAAAUGGAAAAAACAAGCUUGCGAAAUUCCAGCACUUCAAAACGAACACAGUCAUUAUACUUGCGGUGAUAAUGGUGAAGUGAAAUGUUUACCAGGAUGGACCGGUGAUGUUUGCGACGUUCCAAUUUGUAAAAAAGGUUGCGAUCCUCUCCAGGGUUAUUGUAAACGUCCCGGAGAAUGCAGAUGUAAAUUGGGAUUUUAUGGAGAAUUUUGUAACAAAUGCAUCGCUUUACCAGGUUGUCAACACGGUUAUUGUAAUAAUAGUUUCGAAUGUAUUUGCGAAGAAGGUUGGGAUGGACUUUUCUGUUCAGAACCAAUUUGUAGAUUGGAUUGUCACGCGACGAGAGGUUAUUGCGAUUGGCCCGGCGAAUGCAGCUGUCGAUUGGGUUGGUCUGGAGAAACGUGUAAAGAUUGUCAAGUUCUUCCCGGGUGUUUGCACGGAUCGUGUACGAAACCUUUGGAAUGCAAAUGCGAUAAAGGAUAUACGGGAAUUCUGUGUCAAACGCCGAUAUGCGCGGAAAAAUGUCACAAGGAACACGGAUAUUGUUCGAAACCGGGAGAGUGUCGGUGCAGAGUCGGAUGGUGGGGAGACAAUUGUGAAAAAUGUUAUCCUUAUCCGGGAUGCAAACACGGAACGUGUAAAAAACCAUGGGAAUGUAAUUGCGAAGAAGGUUGGGGAGGAAUGCUUUGCGAUCAAGAACUGACGUAUUGUGAAAACAACGAAGGACUUUGCGAAAAUGGUGGAACAUGCAUAUCGCUACCGGAAGAAGAUGGUAAUUAUAAAUGUUUAUGCUCGCAAAAUUUUUACGGAGUCAAUUGCGAACAAGAAAAAAAAGUAAUAACAACUGAAAAACCGAUUUUACAAUCUCUGUCAACAACCACAGAGUAUAAAAACGAAGUCAAUAACGAAACGUGA